AGCUCAGGCACUCACUUUUUUCUUUCUUCUCUUUUCUUUGUUGCUCAGGCCUCAAGGAAAACAGAAGAAAGAAGAGAUCUUCCCCCUACUUUCUCCCAUUCCAUUCCUCCCUCACUCUCUGUCCCUAUUGCCUUCUCCCCCAUUUAUUGCUUCUCUUCCUUAGUUUUCCUAAUUGGGUUUCCAAAGAGGUACAAGAAGCUGCAGAUACAACUCUGUUCUGUUUGAAAAGGUUUAUCCAGUUGGGUUUUAUCCCUUUUCUCUGUCUGUGGUUUCCCCAGGCUUCAAUGGGUUCAGAUCCCAUUAUUGGUUCUGGGGGUUUAUCUUGGAGUUUUGGGUUUUAAUAUUAUUUUCAACACAAUUCCUUUGAAUUUCGGAAAGGUGGGUCUUUUGUAGAUUCCUAUACAGAUAAAGGUAUUCUGAUUCCUUUUGUAAAUGCCCCCUUGAUUUAACACUGAUAUUAUCAUUCUCAAACCUCCACCUCUUCUUCUGCAUUUCCUCUCGUACACUUUGUUCCUCAUCUCUCCCUGCUCUGUUUCCAAUCCCCAAAAUUCUAAUGCUGUGAAUUCGGAGCUUACUUGAUUUGGUGUUAUGAAGUUGGAAAUGGGAAUUCUCUCCCCUUCAUCUUACUUCUCUGACUCCAAUUGGCUCCCUGAGGAGACCAAGAGCGCGAAAUGGACUCCUGCGGAGAACAAGAUGUUCGAAAACGCCUUGGCGUUGCACGACAAGGAUACGCCGGACAGGUGGCACAAGGUGGCGGAGAUGAUACCUGGGAAGACUGUAGGGGAUGUGGUGCAGCAGUACAAGGAGUUGGAAGCUGAUGUGGGGAAGAUCGAAGCGGGGUUAGUUCCUAUUCCGGGAUAUGGUACCUCUCCGUUCACAUUGGAAUGGGUGAAUAGACAUGGCUAUGAUAUUGGAUUCAAACAAACUUAUGGGAUUGGUGGCAAGAAAUCUUCAUCAACUAGACCAGCUGAUCACGAAAGAAAGAAAGGAGUUCCUUGGACAGAGGAUGAGCACAAGCUGUUUUUAAUGGGACUGAAGAAGUACGGCAAAGGGGACUGGAGGAACAUUUCUCGGAAUUUUGUGGUGACUCGAACCCCGACUCAGGUGGCUAGUCAUGCACAAAAGUACUUUAUCAGGCAGCAUUCAGGGGGGAAAGACAAGAGAAGAGCUAGCAUACAUGAUAUAACAACUGUGAAUCUCGGUGACACCUGCAGAACUCCAUCUCCAGACAACAAGCCUCCCUCUCCGGAUCACCACCAUUCUUCUGCCUUCUCUCAGCAGCCGAAUUCUGCUAGGAUUCCGCCUUUCCAGUGGCAACAGGGCGGCAAUGGAGCAAACAUGGCUUUUGGUCAGGCUCAUGGGAACUUGUUCAUGUCCAAUACUCAUGGGAUUGGUUCUUAUGGACUAAACAAAAGUUCAGUUCAUGAGUCAUACUAUGCACCUCAGAAUUUGGCUUUUCAGAUGCAAUCCGCACACCACUACCUGCAUGGAUGAUGCUCUAGCAGCUCGUCUACUAAAUCAUCCGCAGGAUUUAUGUCACAUUAUGGUCUUUUAGUUCAUUAGUAUAGCGGGGCGCGCUAUAUCUGAGUCUUGUUUUUGCUUUCAUGGUUUCUUGUGAAUAUGUAAUUCAGAACUUUGAGUUAGUCUAAAGUAUUGGAAGGGGGAACAGGAUCAAAUCCUGGAAUUUCAACUUAUGGAAUAUGAAUGAAAACUGAGUUGAAGCAUCUCAGAACCCUUUGUUG